GCUAAUAGCGCAUUAUUCAAGUUGGCACCGUCUCAAGAAAGCAGUGGCCUGGAUCAUCAAGGUAAAGCAAGCCCUCAGGCAGAAGAACAAGGCCACUGAAGUCGGAUUGACAAUGCACGAUCUCAAACAAGCUGAAGGAGCUAUUUUCAAACACGUGCAGCACAGAUACUACCAUCAGGAGAUAGUAUCGUUAGAGAGGUCGAAGGAUGCAGGAGUAGCAUCUACCAGCAGCGUCUACAAGCUAAACCCAAUAUUAGGAGAAGACGGUUUGCUGAGAGUGGGCGGGAGACUUGACAUGUCGUCUCUGUCAGAAGAAGAGAAGCAUCCCAUAAUACUCCCUAAGGAGUCAGCAGUAACGCCGCUGAUCAUACGGAGUAUACACGAGGAAGUAGGCCACAUGGGGAGAAACUACGUGACGGCCAAAGUGCGAGAGCGCUAUUGGAUACCACAGAGUAGCACGCUGAUCAGAAAGAUAAUCAGCAGGUGCGUUACCUGUCGACGUCAUCACGGCAAAACGGGAGAACAGAAGAUGGCCGAUCUACCAUCACACAGAGUCACACCGGAUGAACCACCGUUCACCAAUGUAGGCGUUGACUACUUCGGCCCUUUUGAAGUAAAAAGAGGUCGCAGUAUCGUGAAGCGAUAUGGAGUCAUCUUCACCUGCACCACAACCCGAGCAGUUCACUUGGAGAAAGCAGACUCCCUAGACACGGAUAGCUGCAUCAAUGCCUUGCGGAGAUUCAUCGCAAGACGAGGACAAGUCAAACAAAUAUGGUCAGAUAACGGAACCAACCUCGUGGGGGCAAAGGCCGAGCUAAAGAAGGAGAUAGCAGGGUGGAACCAAGACAAGAUUAAGGACGCCUUACUGCAGAAGGAAGUGGACUGGAAGUUCAGCCCACCUAAAGGAUCGCAUUUCGGCGGCGUUUGGGAGCGACAGAUACGCACAAUAAGACAGGUGCUGAAUGCGAUCAUGAAGAAGAAUCCACUAGAUGACGAAGGAUUACACACUUUGCUGUGCGAAGCUGAAAGCAUAGUAAACGGAAGACCAAUAACGGCAGUUAACAAUGAAGUUGAUGACCUGGAAGCGUUGACGCCCAACCGUCUCCUGACUAUGAAAAUGAAGACUUCGCUGCCGCCAAACCUAACCAGCAAGAACGACCUGUAUGCCAGACGCAGAUGGAAACAGGUGCAGUAUCUUGCCGACUUAUUCUGGAAACGAUGGUCGCAGGAGUAUCUCACGUCACUACAGGAGCGGCAGAAAUGGGGCAAACAAAGGCAAAACCUUGCCGUGGGAGAUAUAGUUCUCCUGAAAGAUGAAACCUCACCGCGAAGUUGCUGGCCGUUAGGCAGGGUGCUGGAAGUGACUCACCACAGCGACGGACUAGUGCGUAGAGUAAAAGUAAAGACGCAAAACAACGUCCUCGAGAGACCAAUCGACAAACUAUGUGUACAACCUGUAGACUCGACCAGCCUGUCUGCGCUGAAGUCCCGCUGUUCGGACUGCGACUCGCUCAUCUCCACCAGCCCGAUCGUCUCUCUGGCGCUCAGCCCCGGCCUCAGGCUGCACAAGCCCGUAGACAUCACCGUGCCGUGCCCGCUCAACCCCGCGGGCAACUGGGCACGCGACCCCACCAGGCCGGGCACGGCUGGACUCGGCGGGUCCCGUAAGCUGGGCGGCACAUCCCCGCGGCCUGGUAGCGCGCCGGCCGGCCGGACCAGCCUGAUGGAAGAGGGCGACAACGGGGACGACUUCCUGCACCUGCUGGGGUCCCGUAAGCUAGGCGGUACGUCUCCGCGGCCCGGCAGUGCCCCAGCCGGUAGGACCAGCCUGAUGGAGGAGGGAGACAACGGGGACGACUUUCUGCACCUGCUGGGCCAGCCCGAGGGCGAGGAGGCCUGGGCCGAGGUCAUGGGCGUCAGGUUCCGGCAGAACAAGAAGGGCCUCGUCACGUUCGAGACAGACGAGCUGCUGGGAAAGUUCAUCGUCUUGCGGACCGCUGACCCCGCCGCCGAGCAGUACCAGGGCGUGACGGAGGCGUUCCCGCGGCUGCUGGAGACGUCGCUGGGGCUGACGGACGCGCGGCUCAUCCUGCGCACGAAGACGGGCGACCCCGAGCGGGCCGUGGUGCGCUGCGUACCGGCACGGGACGUGCGGGAGGCAGAACUGCAGCUGGACCAGGCAGGGUACGAGGAGGCCGAGCCCAGCAAGGAGGUUCUGCUGAAGGACGGAGACGAGCUGGUGCUGAAGUUCUCGGGGAACGUGAGCAGAGACACGGACGGGGACAGCAGGGACUCCGUCAGACUCACGUUCUACAGCCAGAGGCGGACUCAGGCGCACUUCUACAUCAAGGAGGUAAACGAGUUCGGUAACUACAGCUCCCCGUGCUACCGGGGCAUGGUGCGGUUCUACGGCACCCGGCGCCGCGUUGGGAAGCCCGGCCCGGAGGACGCCGACCGGGGCCCGCCCGAUGUCAUCAAGAACGCCUUCCUGGGGGACGCGGUGGAGGAGGGGCUGGACAGCAUCUGUAAGCUGCCUGUUACCCUGCCCAAGAGAGAGCGGGACCCUCCAAGGCCCCCUAGCGCCUACCGAAAACUCAUCGAGUCACAAGGUCCGUUAGUGAACGACUGGCUGCAGUGGUUAGCCUCGGAGAUAGACGAGGACUGGGACCUGCUGGGCCACCACCUGCGCGUCAAGCGGUCCCGUCUGCAGCACAUCAAGAGGAACAACCCGGAGGACCUUCAGCAGCAGGCGUUCGACAUGCUGUACUCGUGGCGGAAGAGCCUUCCUGCCGCCGCCGACAAGAUCGGCAAGCUGUGCCGCGCGCUGUCGCGGGUCGGCCGCAGGGACCUGGCCGAGGAGCUCAGGGAGAGAUACUCAGACCAUCGCAAGAAGAACGGCAAGGCGUAGGGCCUUGGGGGGAAAGAGCUUUAUCCAGAAUCAUGCUCAAGCACGGUUCUGGAUGGUAUUUGGCAUAAUUUGCGUAUCCAGAACCAUGCCUGGAACAAUCUCUGGAACGGUUCUGGAUAGUCCUACCAUCGGAAGAUGAAUGGCAAGGCCUAGGGCCUGUCGUGUUAAAAAUGCUUUAUCAAGAACCAGGCUUUAUCCAGAACCAUGCUCCGGCACGGUUCUGGAUAGUCCUUGUCAGUAUCCAGAACCGUGCCUUGACAGAACCAUGUCCAUUCUCAGAUGCGGUUCUGGAUAGUACAUGCGUAUUCUCGGCACGGUUCUGGAUAGUACAUGCGUAUCCAGAACCGUGCCCUACCAGAACGAUGCUUAUGAACGGUUCUGGAUAGUACAGAUGUAUCCAGAUCCGAACCGUGCCUGGCAAAAUAUGUUAAAUAUGAGAAAUGUACAGAAGGAUGUUGAAAUGUAAGAAAAUGUAUAACUGUUCACAAACACAAAUGUACAAAAUAAAUAGAGCAUCAGCUACUAACUUGUUACAUUAUAUUGUUGCUCUUGCCUUACUGGUGAAUAUAACACUGUUCAAUAGCAUUAACGGAAAUAAAACAUUAUCUUAGCAUAAUGCAUACAAUGCAUACAUUGACAUAAGAUGAGCAUGAGAUAAGAAUUACGAGAAAUGAAGAAACUUGUAAUGAAUACUUGUUCUGUUGAUAAUGUACGUCUAAAUGGUUUAUUUUCGAUUUUGUCGGCUCCUUGGUUGUAUUUUAUGGCAGAUUUUUGUGCAGGCACAAGUUUUUGCUUUUUGUAACACACAGACGAAGUUUGCAAUGAAUUUGCAACACAAACUUGAUUGAGUCCACAAAUCUUGCUGUGCAUGCAAUGUCAAUGUAUUGCUCGCAAUAAACCAGUCAUUCA